AUGGUGGUAGCCAUGAACUCUGGCAAUGGUCAUGGAGAUAUACUGCAACUGGCAUGGCAAGUUUACCGUGGCCGUUGGUUCAUGGUAUUCGCGUCGUUCUUAAUCAUGGCGGCAGCAGGAGCAACUUAUAUGUUUGGUUCAUACUCAAAUGAUAUCAAGAAAAACCUUGGUUAUGAUCAAACGACACUAAAUUUAUUAAGUUUUUUUAAGGAUUUAGGUGCAAAUGUUGGAGUACUAUCUGGUUUAAUCAAUGAAGUAACACCGCCAUGGGUGGUUCUAUCUCUUGGCGCUGGUAUGAAUUUUGCUGGUUACUUCAUGAUAUGGCUAGCGGUAACAGGUCGGAUAGCGAAACCGGCAGUUUGGCAAAUGUGUCUUUACAUUUGUAUUGGUGCUAAUUCACAAGCAUUUGCUAAUACUGGUUCACUAGUGACUUGUGUUAAAAAUUUCCCUGAGAGCAGAGGAGUUGUUUUAGGUUUGUUAAAAGGUUUUGUAGGUUUAAGUGGUGCUAUUAUAACUCAACUUUAUCACGCUCUCUACGGUGACGAUUCGACGGGCUUGAUUCUACUCAUCGCUGCUCUUCCUGCCGUUAUUUCCAUGUUGUCGGUUCAUACUAUUCGGAUUAUGAAAGUUAUCCGACAAGCUAAUGAGUUGAAAGUGUUUUAUAAUUUCCUUUAUAUAUCUUUGGGACUUGCUAGAUUUUUAAUGGUUAUUAUCAUAAUUCAGAAAACAGUUCCUGGUUUUAAUAGGGCUGAGUAUGGUGUAAGUUCAGCUGUCGUUGUACUCUUUCUAUUUUCGCCACUUGUUGUUGUCAUUAAACAAGAAAUUCAGCUAAGAAAAACUAAAAAUCAGCAAGAAAUAUCAAACUCUUAUGAAGAUCAUCAAAUUACAAAAGUAACUAUUGAACUUCCACCGAGUUCUCGACCAGAACCAGAGCCAAGUUUACCCGUUUCAUCAGAAGUCAAGGAAAGAUCGUGUUUCUCGACGGUGUUUCAGCCACCAAACAGAGGUGAAGAUUACACUAUUUUACAAGCACUCUUUAGCAUCGACAUGUUGAUACUGUUUCUAGCUUCAAUAUGUGGUGUUGGUGGGACGUUAACAGCAAUUGAUAACUUGGGCCAGAUAGGUUCCUCAUUGUUGUGA